UAGAAAGAGCAGAGAACUGAUAAAACUAUAAUAUAAUUUAUUCGAGUUUGGAUAAAACUAUAUUUUUUAUAACAUAGAAUUAUUAUUUAAAAAUAGAAAAUAAUUACAUAUAGAACACAAGGCAACAAAUAUUAACACGUAAAAAAGAGUAAUAAAAAUAGUUAAUGUCAUACCUUAGGCCAAGUCACCAUUUACGUGAAUAUGUUGGCAUCUUUCUAUUCACAACCCGCUCGUUUAUCACAUGUCAUGAUAACUGGCUAGUUCAAUGGCUUUAAGGCCCUCCCUGCUCCCUCUCUUUCUUCUAUAUAUAUCUCAUUGGUGUGCUUACUACAACACAAUAAUAAAAAAAAAAAGUAGAAGAAUUUGUGUAUUUUGAUCACGAAUGGGUAGUGCUUCAAGAAAAACAUUCCUCCCCCUUGAUCCAAUGAGUUUCACAAAUGAGUCUCGAGCAGUGAUUGAUUUCAUUGCUGAUUACUACAAAAAUAUUGAGGAAUACCCAGUUCUAAGCAGAGUUGAGCCUGGUUAUUUGUCAGCCACGUUGCCUGAGUCGGCCCCCUAUUGCCCUGAAUCUCUCGAAGAUAUACUCAAAGAUGUUCAUGAUUGCAUCGUGCCAGGACUUACUCAUUGGCAAAGUCCUAACUUCUUUGGCUACUUCCAUGCAAAUGCUAGCACUGCUGGUUUUCUUGGAGAGAUGCUUUGCUCAGGUUUUAAUGUAGUUGGUUUCAGCUGGAUUUCGUCACCAGCUGCAACUGAACUUGAAUCCCUAGUCAUGGAUUGGAUGGGCAAAUUGCUUAAGCUACCAUCUUCAUUUUUGUUCUCUGGAACUGGUGGUGGAGUCUUGCAUGGUAGCACAUGUGAGGCUGCAGUUUGCACUUUGGCUGCUGCAAGAGACAAAGCCUUGAAAGAGCUUGGUGGUUGGGAGAAUAUAACCAAAUUGGUGGUUUAUGCGUCUGAUCAAACACAUUUUACUUUCCAAAAGGCAGCAAAAUUAGUAGGCAUUCCCCCAUCAAAUUUUCGGCUCAUUGAAACAUCUUUUUCAACAGGAUUUUCAAUGUCACCUGAAAAGGUUCGUUUUGCUAUUGAAGAUGAUAUCAAAUCAGGUUUGGUACCAUUGUUCCUAUGUGCAACUAUUGGGACAACACCCAGUGGAGCUGUUGAUCCUAUUGCAGAAUUAGGCAAGGUUGCCAGGGAAUACAAGCUUUGGCUCCACAUUGAUGCAGCUUAUGCAGGAAGUGCCUGCAUUUGCCCCGAGCUCAGGCAUUACCUUGAUGGAAUUGAACUUGCAAACUCCAUCAGCAUGAAUCCACAUAAAUGGUUCCUCACUAACAUGGACUGCUGUUGCUUGUGGAUCAAGGAACCAAAGAUCUUAGUGGAUUCAUUGUCAACUGAUCCUGAAAUUUUAAGAAACAACGCUAGUAAAUUCAAAGGUGUGGUCGACUACAAAGAUUGGCAGGUUGCACUGAGUAGACGAUUCAGGGCUUUGAAGCUUUGGAUUGUGAUUCGCAGGCAUGGCCUGGCGAACCUUAUUUACCACAUUCGAAGCGAUAUCAGCAUGGCUAAGCGGUUUGAGGCAUUUGUGGCUAUGGAUGAGAGGUUUGAGAUUGUGGUGCCAAGAAAGUUUGCAUUGGUUUGCUUCAGGCUUAAGCCCAAGCAAGAGGCUGAAGGCACUGAAUUGAACUGUAAAUUGCUGGAUGCUAUAAAUUCAGGUGGGAGAGCUUUCAUGACUCAUGCAGUGGUGGGUGGGAUAUAUGUCAUUCGCUGUUCAAUUGGAACAACUCUGACUGAAGAACAUCAUGUGGACGCUUUGUGGAAUCUCAUUCAAGAAAAUGCUCAAAUUUUAUUAUCGGAGUCGAUUAAUUAA